AUUUCCCAAAGAGUGUGGGAGGCAGACAGACAGAAGUGGAUUGCCCGAGACCUGGAUUCACAGUUUUAAAAGCAGGAGCGGGAUUUGGAGUGUGGGAUAAUUCUACCCCUUGCCUGGAGAGAGUGAGGUGGAAUAUAGCAGACUUUCUGUUGGAAGUUUUCACUCACUGGGGAGAGAGAAGGAGGAUUAUUACUAGAGUGAGCUGUAGUUCAGGGGGUCCAGAUGGCAGGCAUGAGGGACCCGGCCUGCACUGGAGUCUGGCUUUAGAGUCCACAGGGGCUCCCUCUUCAACUGGACACAUUCCACAGGACGUGUGCCCAUGAGGUCGUCACCACUGGUCCUGCUCCUCCUGAUCGGCGUCCAGGCUGUACUGAACAUGGGAGGUGGAUUGGCCCGGAGCGCCGGGGCAGCCAACCACAAAGUAGGACAGCAGACGGCAGCCAAUCACAGAGCAGGACAACAGCAGACAGCAGCCAGGGACCACCUUUCCGAGGACCAUAGUUCACAGCAGCAUCAUAGGACCAGCCACCACAGGACCAAGAGGCCCCAUCGGGCCGCUUCGCACACGCAGGAUAAGACCCCCGUCGUCGGACGUUCCACAUCAGAUUCCCCCCCUGACCCCUCCAUCCCGGUGGUGGACCCCAAGCUCUUCUCCAAGAGGCGCUACCGCUCCUCGCCCCGCGUUGUCUUCAGCGAGGAGCCCCCAUCACACGACGCCCUGGAAGGCGAGGGCUAUGACAUUGAAGGGGUGAGAGGGGUGAGGGUGAGGCGCAAAGCAGGAUCACACACCAUGCACCGAGGGGAGUACUCAGUGUGUGAAAGCAUAAACACCUGGGUGGGCAACCUGACACGAGCCACAGACAUACGUGGGAAUGAGGUGACGGUGCUGCCCAAUGUUACAAUCAACAACGUGGUGAAGAAACAGUUCUUCUAUGAGACCACCUGUCGGUCCCCCACGCACAGGGGCCCCGGGACCGCGAACGGGGGACGACCCGGGGGACGAGGUGGCAAACAAGGUUCCAAAUCGGGCAACUCGGGCUGUCUUGGCAUCGACAGUCGCCACUGGAACUCCUACUGCACCAACACACACAUAUUCGUAAGUGCCCUGACCAUCGAUAGAGGACAUACAGCGUGGCGUUUCAUCCGCAUCAACGCCGCGUGUGUGUGUGUUCUCAGCCGGAAGUCUUGGGGAGGAAGACUGGGCCGCUGACUGAGGAGGACAUCUCCUGACCGCUGAACUAUGAACCAAGCACACACUUCUCCUUAACAGCCACUGCAGCUUUAUUGCCAAUACUGUAAUCCUGUCCCCUCAACUUCCAAACAUACACCCGUACUGAACAUUUGCAUUCGAUUCUCACACACUUAGACAUGCAUGCACGCACACACUCACACACACACACACACAGCUGCGUCUAUCCAACCCCUCGGCCCCCUGACCCUACCUCAGUCAGAGAAGUCCUGGUUGUUUUAAAUUAUGAGGACUGCAUGUCAUAUUUAUGGUUUAUACAGUCAAAUAUGAAAAUAUAUACGGUAUGUGUAUAUAUACAUAUAUAUGUAUAUAUAUAUGUGUGUAUACAUGUAUAUAUAUGUAUAUGUAUGUAUAUAUAUAUAGUUGUUGUGUUGUUCAUGCUGUUAUUUAUUAAACACCUCAGUACUUGC